CGGCCCUCGUGCGCCUGCGCCAACUCUUUUCCUGGCUGCCCCGGUCCCGGCUCGGCGGCUUCGGCGCUCUCGAGCUUUUCAUGGAAGAGAUGUCGGGAGAAAGUGUGGUGAGCUCAGCGGUGCCGGCAGCCUCCACUCGCACCACUUCCUUCAAGGGGACAAGCCCCAGCUCCAAGUACGUGAAGCUCAAUGUGGGGGGCGCCCUCUACUACACCACCAUGCAGACCCUCACCAAGCAGGACACCAUGCUGAAGGCCAUGUUCAGCGGGCGCAUGGAGGUGCUCACCGACAGCGAAGGUUGGAUCCUCAUUGACCGGUGUGGGAAGCACUUUGGUACGAUCCUCAACUACUUGCGGGAUGGUGCCGUUCCACUGCCCGAAAGCCGCCGGGAGGUCGAGGAGCUCCUGGCUGAGGCCAAGUACUACCUGGUCCAGGGCCUGGUGGACGAGUGCCUGGCGGCCUUGCAGCAGAACAAAGACUCCUACGAACCUUUCUGCAAGGUCCCUGUGAUCACCUCAUCCAAAGAAGAGCAGAAGCUGAUAGCCACAUCCAGCAAGCCGGCAGUGAAGUUGCUUUACAACAGAAGUAACAACAAAUAUUCCUACACCAGCAAUUCUGAUGACAACAUGUUGAAAAACAUCGAGCUGUUUGACAAGCUGUCGCUGCGUUUCAACGGGAGGGUCCUGUUCAUCAAGGACGUCAUUGGCGACGAGAUCUGCUGCUGGUCCUUCUAUGGGCAGGGCCGAAAGAUCGCAGAAGUCUGCUGUACGUCCAUCGUCUACGCCACAGAGAAGAAGCAGACCAAGGUAGAGUUCCCAGAGGCCCGCAUUUACGAGGAAACCCUGAAUAUUUUGCUGUACGAGGCUCAGGAUGGCCGAGGCCCCGACAAUGCACUUUUGGAGGCUACAGGUGGUGCCGCUGGCCGUUCCCACCACCUGGAUGAGGAUGAAGAGCGAGAGAGGAUCGAGCGUGUGCGUCGGAUCCAUAUCAAGCGCCCCGAUGACCGGGCCCACCUCCACCAGUGAGCUGUCCAGCCACCCUGCUGUGCUGCUCACAGAGACUGCCCCCAGGCGCCCGGGCCAUUGAGAGCCUAUCGAGUCUGGAAACGGUAUUUUGUAACAAACCAGAUCAUUCUUUUGGUAUUUCUUGGCAAGAUGAAUUGGUUCAGUCCCAGGGUCACUCUUCACCCUGGGACUGCUCAUGCUGCGUCUGUUGUUUUUCCUCUUUCCCUGAAUGUGAAUGAGUCUUUGGGGAAAGCAUUGCCCAGUCCCUGGGAUGAAGAGUGUGAGUGAGCAGAGGGUGACAGGGCUUUGAUGUUCAGUAUUUAUUUUUGGUGGGGAUCCCACAGGGUCAGCUCCGAGCUCUCUGCAGAUCGCCUUGUCUCAGGGUGCUCCCUCCUGGGGGUCACCUGCCCGUGUCAUGGAGAUCUGCGGUCCCCAAGGCUGCCCUGAGCUGGUCUCUGCCCAUCCCAAGGGGAAGCGUGGGGCUGUAGGCUUGUCCCACGGCCGUGCCCCCUCCCAAGUAAGAAGACCCCAGGGGCUGUGUGCAGUAUUUCCAUGGCCAAAAAGCCAAAAAAAAAAAACCCUUCUCAAAUGGGAAUUUCUUUCCCUCAGAACAAUCAUGUGCAUCUUGUGGCCAAGAAAAUAAUCCCCUUAGUGUAAGGACGUAGCAGAUGGAGUCUGGUCCAUAAAGGGGCCCCAUGUUUCUUCCUUCCCUUUGGCCAGGAGCUCCGUUUCACAGGCCCGCUAGGCCCUGGGCAAGGCUCUGGGCACGACCCCCAAGUGUCCGGUUAAGAAUGUGGCUUGGGGGACGCCAGAGGCAGGGGGGUCAGCGCCGCAUGGCCAGUGAGUCCAGUCUCCAAGCAGGACAGCAGACAGGCAUUGGGCCAAGCGAGCCCCAUUGUCCAGCCACGUUCUCUGCUACAAUACUCAUGGUGAGUGGGGGAACGUAGGACAUGGCCUAGGGAUUGGGGCCGGACCUGGGGUGGUCCGUCCACCAGUGCAGAUCAGCACUUCUCAGCCGUUGACUGUUGUAGAGAGUUGCCUCCAUCACCAGGCGGUCAAUCAGACAUCCUGUAGGUGCCAGUGUCAGGACUUGAACCCAGGUCUUCCUGGCUCUGAGGCAGGCUCUCUAUUCAGCAGCUCCUUGGCCUCUGCCCUCCCACUCCCCCGCCCUGGUGCCUCCUAAGAGGCAGGAAUGGCCAUCUCGCAGACUCUGGGGUGGGUCCUUCUGCUGAGUCAGAUUUCUCGAGAUGGUUUCUUCAGCCCCUUCCCUGUGCAGAAGGGCUACAAAGAGAGAGCCCUGAGAUGUGGCCCCUGCCCUGCCUUCUUCCCCACCCCCGGGCAGAGGCUCCCAGAAAGGAGCUCAGACUGUCCUAGGAGAAUGUCCUCACUGCUGUAGCAUUUUCUCUACCACAGCCCACCAGGGGAAGAAUGUGACUAUCAGCAGCCCCAUUUUACUGAUGAAGAAGCUGAGACUCAGAGCCAUCUGUCACCCGCCCACCAUUAGCCAGCUAGUCUGGAUCAGUCAGGCCUCGAACCCAGAGCUUCUGCCUUUCCUUACUGUAAAUAAGAGAAUGUUCACAGCAGGGUUCUAGACCUCACCUCUGGGUCUCCAUCCAGCUUGGGCCCCGGCUUUGGGUCAUCAGAAGUGGUUCUGGCUGCGUUCAUCCAGCAGACUGACAAGAUAUACAGAUACCUUUGAAAUGUCUCCUUCCGCCUGUUCGUUUUUGCCACUUUCAGAGAAUAGAAAAAGGACACGUUUGUGUGACUGUGAGAGAGUGAGUCGUGUUGCUCGGGGGCCCUGGAGCCCCCCCCCCCGGGCCGUGGGGGUGAGUGGGUAUGCAGCAGGCAGGGCUGCAGUAGCUACCUCCCCGUUGUCUCUUUGCCGCCAGGGAACGUACGGGUGACUUGGACUCUGUUGGGGGAGACUCGGGCGUGUGACGACAAAGAGGUGACAGACGUGAAUGAGAGAAUCGGAGGGGUGUUUGAGUUUUAUACCAAAGCAUUAGUCGUGGCAAGUUUGAUUGUUACCAGACAAGGUAUUUCUCUGAGUCUAUUUAUGUACUGACUGAAGCCAUACGCUCUCGAGGCACUUGGCCUAUAAACGGUCAGAAGGGAGCGGGUUUUUAAAAUGCUGUUACUUCGUCUCCUGUCAACCAUCCCCCUUGCCUGUGGAGAUCAGAAAAUCACACCCAGACCAUGUCUGACUAUUCCAAUCAUGUAUUCAUCAGCCCAAGGCUAGCAUUGGUGUCUUUGUACAAAAUGUUCCUGACUCAGUUUACCAAGUCAGGCUUCACACCUGCAAGGGUCUUCUUCCCCAAAAAUGACUUUUAAAAGAACUUUGUGUUGAUUGGGAUUUAAGCUUCCCACCUGAAUCAUACACUGGGACCUCUGCUGGGCAGGCUUUGUGAAUCAGGUCACAUCGUACAGUGAUAAUGCAUCGUGAAUGUGGGCAGGCCAUUAAGGGGUCCAUUGUAUUGGAGAAGUCACUGUAUAAUUACUCUUCAAAAGUAGAUUUUUAUUAAUCUAGAAUUUCGGUAUUCACAUAAUAAAGCCUGGACUUUGUUAGUACUUCCAUGGUCAAGACGAAGUUUCUGACAGUUUGCCUUUUCCUUCUGUCUCGGUCCCUCAUACGUACACCCACAAGAAUGGCUCAGCUUAGGGAAAGGCCAGAUGGUCCCACAUGGCCAGUGACAGUGCCACUGACCAAAGUGGCCUCCUAGCCCAAGCCUGUGUCUCCCCACAUCCUUCAGGAAAGGGGAAAGGGCCCCAAGAAAAAAGCCAGUUGGUGUCUCAGAACUGUAGCUCGUCCAGCAAUGCUGGAACCACAUGCUUGUGGCAAAAAGACAAAUCAUGGUUCUAUCAGAACUCGCCGGCCUCAUCUGUCCUCAGCAAGCCCACGCCUGUGGCUGCCAGUGGCAUCCCUCAGGCAAGAUCCUGCGUCUGUUCUUCGCGUAGGGUGCGCUUAUGGAGCAUAGAAUGCUAGCUUUAGGGCCAGCCACAAAGGAAGAGGGGAGGGAGGCUGCUCAGCCCGUAAGCUCAUCCCCGAUUCCUGAAGCUGUCCCGACCCUUUCAAGAUCAAACUCUUUCCUCCUCUGUGAACUGAGUAUACGAUACUUUGGCUCGCCGACCAUCCCCGGCCAGCAGUUUGCUUCAAAUCUUUUCUCACAUAUCCAAAUGGGAAAGACUCUUGUGCUUCCCAACUCUGAUGUAUUUUUCAAUUAUCCUCUGAAAUUAAAUUUAGAUUUAUGUUCCUGUUCCACAAAGUGACGAGUGAUGCCAUUAAUCUGACAAAAUUCAAGGAACACUUAUUAAGUGCCAUGUAUUGACAUUGACUAAUCCCACCCCAAGCAGAAGGACAAGAAGACACAUUCUAGAUUUGGCCCCAACCCCAAGCAGGAUAAGAAGCUGGGUUCUAGAUUUGGCCCCAACCCUAAGCAGAAGGACAAGAAUCCGGGUUCUAGAUUUGGCCGUUAUUUACAGCCUUUUUUUUAGGGACACUUCAGAGGUUAGCAGCUAAUGUCGAUUACUUAAGAGAGGUCAAAGAUCAGCCCAACACUUAGUCAAAAAUAGUCCACUUUAUUGCACAAUUACAAAAAUGAGGUUUAGCACAGCUUUGAAAGAGGUGGGAGACACAAAGUCACUGCUGCUCUUAUCACACUGACCGCUGUUUCCUGGAGACUCAGUUCUGGCUGCCUGCACCCCAUGAUUAUGAUAUUCAAUCACCCGUUACACUCCAUGCAAAGUCUGCCAGGAAAGUGGAGUUUCUGAGCCACACAUGAGCACGGUGCUCACUGUGCUGAAGCCUUAGCUCUUAGUCAGGUUUUUCUAACCUGUUUUUCUAUAUCCUUCAAAGAAUCUGUCAGAUCCUGAAACCCCAAACAUUCGUGGAUCAUGUGUGGCCCAUGGGCCCAUCAUGGAUCAUGGACCAUGACUGUGAAGGGGACAGUGGGCGUGAUUCAGCUCCUGUAGAGUUGCAGUAGGGGAAUCCUUUCCUGUUGAGUGUACACACUUUUAACUAGAAGUUCACCAAAAGUGUCACUUUAGCACAUUGAGAUGUCUUGUACUAACUGUGCCGCCCCUCCAAGCUAUGCACAGAAUGCUUGUGUUUUGUUUUGGUUUUUUAGAAAUAUUCAGUGUUUGUAAGUUACAAGCAUUUGUCUAUACAUAUAUAUAUGCAAAAUAAAAUUACAUAAAGGACUUUUA